AUGGGCCAGCAACAUCAACCACAGCUGCGCCGGGCACGCCUGAUUGCAAGCGUAGCCGCAACGGUUCUCUCCCUCGCCUGUGGAACGAACUAUGUCUAUUCUGCAUGGGCACCGCAGUUUGCUGAGAAGCUCAAGCUGUCGGCUACGCAGAGCAAUCUCAUCGGCCAGUUUGGGAACUUAGGCAUGUACUCACUUGGCGUACCAGUUGGCAUAUUUGUCGACAGACGAGGCCCCCGCCCUUUUGUCCUCGUCGGCGCCUUUCUCCUGGCUGCCGGAUACUUCCCGUUGCACAUAGCAUACGACCGAGCCUCUGGUUCCGUUCCCGUCCUUUGCUUCUUCUCCUUUCUGACUGGCCUCGGCAGCUGCAUGGCCUUUGCUGCCGCUGUCAAAACAUCGGCACUCAACUGGCCCAGCCAUAGAGGUACAGCAACAGCAUUCCCUCUUGCUGCUUUUGGACUCAGUGCUUUCUUUUUCUCAUUUCUCGGUGCGCUCUUGUUUCCUGGCGAUCCUAGUGCCUUCUUGAGGCUGCUUUCCGUGGGAACAUUUCUCCUGACUUUUGUCGGUUUCUUCUUCCUCCGUGUCUAUCCGCACCACAACUACCACGCUGUCUCCAACAAUGAGGCACGCCGUUCCUCAUCCCUUUCCACUCACCUGCGACCGCCGUAUGGCCAAGCCAGUCCUCGUGGCGCUCUCUCUCCUGAAGAAGCUGGUACGUCGACCACAGGCACAAUAACCACAAACGUGGCAUCACCGCCGAUUCUUUCCGACCCACAACCCCCUCCCAACUGUGCUAGCUCAAGCAACAAAAAUGUCGAUAAUGAUAUCGAAGAAGAUGCUGUUGACGAGACGUCAUCCUUGAUGUCAUCGACAGCCUCUGAGCCAGUAGAGAAUGUAGUGGCCAGCAGUGUUGAUACGGAUCGAUCUCAUCGAAUAGAUAUACGCGGCUGGAAGCUUCUACGCAGUCAAUCGUUUUGGCUCCUAUUCACUAUCAUGGCCAUUUUGUCAGGCGUCGGCCUCAUGACCAUAAAUAACAUUGGUAAUGAUGUGAAUGCACUGUGGAAGCAUUAUGACAAUUCCGUGACAGAAGACUUUCUCGUUCAUCGCCAACAAAUGCACGUGUCUAUCCUGUCCAUCUGCAGCUUUCUGGGUCGGCUCUUAAGCGGUGUUGGGUCUGAUUUUUUGGUUAGGUCACUUCAUGCUAGCCGCAUCUGGUGCCUUUUUGUGGCCUCCGUCGUGUUCCUUAUCGCCCAAGUUUGUGCCCUGAACAUUGAAAAUCCCCGCCUCCUAGGAUUUGUAUCUGGUCUUUCCGGGCUUGGCUACGGCUUUCUUUUUGGCGUAUUUCCCUCCCUUGUCACGGAGGCAUUUGGAAUCCGUGGUUUAAGCCAAAAUUGGGGCUUCAUGACCCUUGCGCCGGUCAUUUCUUCGAAUACGUUUAACCUACUGUACGGCCAAGUUUUGGAUGCUCAUAGUGUUUUUGACCCUAGUGGAGAGCGCUCCUGCCAUGACGGCUUGGAGUGCUACCGCGUGGCAUACUGGGCAACUCUAAUCGCUUGUACUGUGGGAAUUGCCUUCACCCUCUGGACAGUGCAACAUGAACAGAUAGAGCUUGCGAGGGAAAGAAGGAAAGCAAACGGAGAAGACUGA